GCCCGCGGUCCGUGCCAUCUGUGGCGGCCGCGCCGGUUCAGAUCGCGGAGUGUGCGCGUCCCUGCGGGCACACCUUCUCCAGGACCAUGUUCAAGAAAUUUGACGAGAAGGAGAGCGUGUCCAACUGCAUCCAGCUGAAAACGUCCGUCAUUAAGGGUAUUAAGAGCCAGCUGACGGAGCAGUUUCCGGGGCUCGAGCCGUGGCUGCAUCAGAUCAUGCCCAAGAGAGAGGCGGUGAAGAUGGUGCGGUGCCACGAGCACACGGAGAUCCUCACGGCGAGCGGGGAGCUGCUCUUCUUCCGGCAGCGCAAGGGCCCCUUCUACCCCACGCUGCGCCUGCUGCACAAGUACCCCUUCAUCCUGCCGCACCAGCGCGUCGACAAGGGGGCCAUCAAGUUCGUGCUCAGCGGCGCCAACGUCAUGUGCCCGGGCCUGACGUCCCCCGGGGCCAAGCUGUGCCCCGCCGCCGUGGACACCAUCGUGGCCGUCAUGGCCGAGGGAAAAGAGCACGCCCUGUGCGUGGGCGUCAUGAAGAUGGCAGCCGGAGACAUUGAGAGAGUCAACAAGGGGAUCGGCAUCGAAAAUAUCCACUAUCUAAACGACGGGCUGUGGCACAUGAAGACCUACAAGUGAGCCUUGGAAGGGACGUACUAAAUGCAGACGCUGCGCUGUACGUGUGUCUGUAUGUGACAUCGCGAAGACAGCGCCUCUGCGGCUAUUCGCAAAAAGCCAACAGAUAACCUUAAAAAUAAAAUAAAUUAAAUAAAUAAAUAAAUAAAAAGAGAGA